GACAUGACAUGACGUAGCCUAGAUAUUAUCAUUGGAUAUCGAAUAAAUAAGAUGGAUUAACCAGAUAAUUAUGAAGGACACAUGGUUUCGAUACGUCACCACUUUUAACCCAGACACAUAUCAGAUAUCAUGGAUAUAAGCGAGUUUCUUCCGUUCUUAGCUGCAGUCUAUCUACAUCUACCAGAACUUGUACUAUCCGCCUCGACAACAGGUUGUGGUAAAUAUGACAUUCGCUUCCAACGAGAGGGACAACCUGGGUAUCAAUACGAACAGCUUUGUAGUGAUAUUUGUACCCCGGGGCGCAACCCAGAGUACGAAAUUCUUUGUUGGAGCAAUAAACAUGUGAUGGAACAUUGUGGGGAUUACGUUCGGUGUAUUAAUCCAAAGCCCAUACCCGAACCAUCAAUCAACAAUUUUAACACAUAUGGCGUGCCUCUCUUAAUAGUCGCUGCAGUUGUCGUUAUAGUCGGUAUCGCAAUCGUUGUAGGGUAUAGAGCUGGUGUAAUAUCUAAGAUAAGACAGAGAUGUCGUCAUGAUCCAAGAGAUCGUAAUGUUGCAGUUGAUGACACAGCAAUAGAGGACAGAGAAGAAAUGAACAAUUUAAUGCAAGACAAGCAGGACCAGCAACAGAAUGGCAAAGUUAUCGUCAAUGGACAAACUGCUAGACAUGUAAGAAUGGUGGAACCACGUCAAAAUGAUACAGGUGAACUUGCGCCAAUACGACAACACAGUCCAGAAACAAAACCGAAGACAGUUGAAUAUGAUUGAUUACGCUACUAAGAUUGGUCGUGCCAUUUAUGUACAUUUGCGUAAGAGGGACUCGAAGAGAGGUGGAAAUAAAAAAUGAAUCAACCGAUGUACAGCAUUUCAUAUGAAGCCAAGAGACAAAAAUCUGAUUCCACAGAUAUUGCUUCAUUUUCUUCCACCUUAACAACUGUAAUAUGUAGGUAGAGAGACAUCACGAUAAACCAUGACAUCUCAUUUCUUCUCAGCCCGGAGGUGAAACAGAAGAUGCUAUGAUUAUCAGGAUGGUAGAG